CGACUAAAGUGUAGAAACGGCACAGUUCUCGAUAAGCCCGUUUGAUUGUCUUGUUUUGUUGGAUCGAACGAACAAUUAAUCACUUUGUUCUUCCUUCUUUCCACACUCUCAAACACACCCUAAUUCUAUACGUGUAUCAAUCCUCACCCUUCAAACAACUCUUUCAUCUCUCUCUCUCUCUUUUUUUUCUUCUUCUAGCUUUUCACUUCAAGGUGCACUUGAGAAAUGAAGAGUGUUUUGGAAAAUUCAACCAUUUUUCAAAUAACACAUGAAAAGGAGGUGAAGCUCUGAAUGAAACCUACUAAUCAUAAUCAGUCUUUUACUUUUGAAAACUGAAAAAAAAUAAGCCUUAAACAAGGGUUUCUGACUUAGACUGUGAAACAUCAUUAUCAUUUAAUAUUUACUAAAUUAAAUAAAAAGCACUUUUUAUCACUAUACAGCCGAACUACUUAUUUAUUAAGCCUCAAUUUUCAUACACAUAGCAUAGGUGUUUCUCUUUCUAAGGCAUGAUUGUGAAAUGGAGGAUGAGAUUCAAGCAUGUAAGUUUCCGAGACUCGGAAAUGUUGUAAACAACUUAAGCAAUUCAAGCAUCAAGAGUUUAGGUUCUGGUAGAAGGAAGAAUGUUGGAGGAAUUAUUGGAAGUGAUUUUCAGAGAAGUUGGCAGGAGCGGCAGCAGGAGGAAGAGAACUCUUCGAGAAUCGUUAGAGUGUCGAGAGGCUCCGGUGGAAAAGAUAGACACAGCAAAGUGAUGACUUCGAAGGGUUUACGAGAUAGAAGAGUUAGGCUAUCGGUUACGACGGCUAUUCAGUUCUAUGAUCUUCAAGAUAGACUUGGUUAUGAUCAACCGAGUAAAGCGGUUGAUUGGUUAAUCAAAGCCGCUUCGGAUUCUAUCUCGGAGCUACCUUCUCUCAAUAACGCGUUCGCUCAAAUUGAUGUUGAUGCGAAGAGCGAUGAGAAAAACAUACAACCAGAUUUUGAGUUUGAUGAUGAAAGACUGAACAAGAAUCUUUGUUUGUCUAAGUCUGCUUGUAGCAGUACUUCUGAGACGAGUAAAGAAAAUGAGUCUAGCAUUGCACAACAUCAACAUCAGCAUCAGCAUCAACAUCAUCAAAACAUGUCUCAUACAGCUUCGUUUACUGAGUUACUCACCGGUGGAAUUGGUAGUAGUAACAAUGGAUCAAUUCAUGAUAACCAGAUUCCUCAUGGUGGUUUCUCAGGACAUUCACCAUUCAAUAGUGAAAAUGAAAACCAGUCAGAUAUGAUUCAGCUGCAGCAUUUUCCAUUUAUGUCUGAGCAACAUCUCAUGCAACCAUCCGUGGUGAAUUCAUCUUCAUCGUCAUCUUCUCAUCAUCAACAUCAAAAUGGGAGUCAUGACAAUUACAAUCUCAACUUCACGAUAUCUUCUUCGGGCCUUGUUGGUUACAAUAGGGGGACCCUUCAGUCCAAUUCACUUUUGCCUCAUUUCCAGAGGUUCUCAACCAUGGAUCAUGGAUCAUCGACAACAACGUCAUCGUCCAAUAAUCUACCUAGUUUCUUCACAGGAGCACCUGUUCCUCCUCCUCCUGUUGCUGCUGCUACUCCAACCAUGGAUCAACAACUUCAUUUCUCACCUCUCUUUGACGCUCGUUUGCAACUUUUCUACCGCGAUGGAACUGGAAGCCAGCAUUCAGAUCAGAAGAACAACAAAUGCAAUAAGAAUUGAGUUCUUCCCAAGAAUCAUUUUCCAUGGCCUUCCUAUGUAGGAGUAAAAAGUUGUGCCAUAUCCUUGCUUUCUAUGUAGGAGUAACAAGUUGUGUCAUAUCCUUGUUAAGUGUUGGUAUUUACUUUGGGACCAUUUUGAGUCAUUGACUUGCAUUUUGAGUAUUUGGAAAUUUCUUAUGCAUCCAGAUUAUUGUCUUGUAAAAGAAUAUUGAUUGAACUUAUUCUUUCAAUUUCUACAAUUAUUUUGCAAA